AUGGAGUCGCACAAGUAUAUUAUCAACGUCCACAUCUGUGUCGUCUUUAUCAACCUCUCGCCCUCCAUGUCUCAGAUGGCCCUUUUACUCUGUCGUCAACUCCGCACCAUUCACCCCAGGAUGCUCGAGGGUGGCUGUGAGACUGCUUGGGAUGCCUUCCUCCGCUCCGCAUUCCCUUUCCCAUCUGGAUUCAUCGUCUUCCCUGCGCGCUGGGCUUCCAGGGGUCAGCAAUGUUUCCGCUUCGAGGUCGUAUAUGAUUGGAAGCACACAGUGUUUGUGGUGCACCAGAAAUCAGUGGCAGAGAUGGACUACACAAAGGAGUGUCAGAUCGCUGACAGGCUGAUGCGUAAGCGGCUGAGCAGACCAGACUGUCCUCUGCCCACUUUCCGUGGAGUGAGCACACUGGGAUCCACCUUUGCUUUGUAUGCCAAACAGCAUACCACUGGCAUCACCCCUCCUUCCAUUCCCAAUUGGAGCCACAGCCUUCUCGACCUUGGUGGGGUCGGCAGGAUCCUGGAGAUUGUCAAGGCUGUCAAGAAGGACUGUAGGGAGUUCAAACGACCGAGGAAGCUCACUGCCAAGGUCACCUCAAACUUCUAG